AGCGCCAAGGGAAACCUGCGUCUGGAAGCGAGUCUCAAGGAAGAACACUGGCCCGCCAGCCCCCUUCCAAAGAACCCGAGGUCCCGCGCGCAGCUCGCGGAGAGCCGCGCCUGUAGCCUGCGCCCAAUCAGCGCUCUCGCCGGGUCUGUGACGGCGUUCGGCCCCACCCCUUUGACUGGGAUAAAAGGUCUCAGAGAAGGCUUCAGCGCAGAGCUCGGCGCGCGGCCCUGCGCCCCGGCACGGCCCCCAGGGCAGUGCAGUCCCCCGCGGCACUUAGGCAGCCCGUCAGCAGGUGAACAGCAGCUCAGCGCCCCUGUCCGGCGAGCUCACCUAGCCUGGCCCGUGCUCAAGCGGCGGCGGUCCCCCGAACGCUCCCAUUUCCCUGCAGGAUGAAGAACCCAAUGCUGGAGGCGCUGUCCCUAUUGCUGGAGAAGCUGCUCCUCAUCUCCAGCUUGAAGCUCUUCAGUCCGGGCACCUCUGGCGAAGACAAGGCGAGGAAUAGUUUCUAUGAGAUCAGCUCUUUCCUCCGCGGCGACGUGCUGGAAGUGCCCCGGGCCCACUUUACCCACUACGGCAUCUACCUGGGCGACAAUCGUGUCGCCCACAUGAUGCCCGACAUCCUGUUGGCCCUGACCAACGACAAGGGGCGCACGCAGAAGGUGGUCUCCAAUAAGCGUCUCAUCCUGGGCGUCAUUGGCAGGGUAGCCAGCAUCCGCGUGGACACAGUGGAGGACUUCGCCUACGGAGCUGACAUCCUGGUCAAUCACCUGGACAAAUCCCUCAAGGAGAAGGCGCUGCUCAACGAAGAGGUGGCGCAGAGGGCGGAGAAGCUGCUGGGCAUGACUACCUACAGCCUACUGUGGAACAACUGUGAGCACUUUGUGACCUACUGCAGAUUCGGCGCCCCGAUCAGCCCCCAGGCCGACAAGUUCUGUGAGAAUGUGAAGAUAAUUAUUCGCGAUCAGAGAAGUGUUCUCGCUUCAGCGGUUUUGGGAUUGGCAUCUAUAGUCUGUCUGGGCUUGGCAUCAUAUACUGCCCUUCCUGCAAUUUUUAUCCCAUUCUUCUUAUGGAUGGCUGGCUAACUUCAUACCCCCACGUCGGUGUGUGUAUUCUCUGUGUAAAUAUGUUUAUAUUUAUAGAGCACAAGUCAGUAUAAGCACUGUCGAGAAAAAUGUGACCUGUAACACUGUUCUGGGUAAAAAUGUGACUAAGAAUCACUCAAAGUGCUUACCGUGUAAGCCCAAGAACAAAGGCUUUCUGAAUCUUCCCAGGCAGUUCCAUGUUAAAGCCCUGUGCAGAUCUUGGAAACAUGACAACUUGUGAUAGGAUUCAUCAUUACAAGAGAACCAGCCCCUAAGAUGAUGGCCACAGGAGAUUAUUUAUUUAUUUUUUCUCCUGUAAUCACUGUUCUUCUCUGUUAGGCCUGAAUUUGAAGAUUAGAAGACUUAUUGAAUGAGACCACUAACUUCAUUGUAAAUUUAUUCUGUUUCGUUGAAAAACUUAUAUUAAACUAAAAGAAUUUCCCUCGUUCAGAUGAAAACAUGUUUCAUGAUUGGCAAAAAAAAUUCAUAAUCCAUUUUUUUCAUUAUAUAUAAUUCCCAACAAGUCAAAAAUAUUUUCAUUACUUGAAACCGUGUUGGCGAAGUUAGAGUUUAAUGAUAAGGUAACUGACUAGAACUAUAGCAAUCUGUGUUGUCCUGCAGAAAUAAGCUAUUACGCAUCAGCUGAACAAUUGGAUUUGGCCUUACUUACUUGGAAGCCUGGCAUUCGUUAUUUUUUUUUUUCCUUUUAUGUGUCACUGUGGUGACAUUAAACCACUCUGAGAGGUAAAUGGAUAUAGGAUUGAAGUAAUUUGGAUACUUGGAGUGUGUAUGUGCCAAUUAAAUAUGCAAAUGUCCACAUAUACACAGACUGAUGAGAGACAAAUGUUCUUGAUUGCUUUAUAAUACCAGUUUGGUUACUAGAGAGCAUUCGUAGAAGUGAAUGUAAAAACCAGUUUGGUCUGUUUCCUUAUGACCUUGUAUCCAUGGUAUAGCUUUCAUAUAUGUCAUUGGAUGGUUUACCUUUUAAAGCACUUACUAACAUACUGUCUAAUUUUUAAAAGUCCUCAGAUUUGUUUUCUAACAGAUGUCUUCAUUUCAUUGCAAAGUAUAGUUUCCAUCCUUAAAAGAAGGAUGUCACAGGGAAAUAACUGUUAGUAGUAGUCUCCGAGUGUCUUAGUUUCACCAGGCAUGUAAAUUGAUUACACUGAGGCUGUUUUAAUAUCAGGGUUGAGAUGUAGCACUGUUAAAGCAAGCGUUCAAAUACUUUUGCAGAACUGCCAAAUUAUAAAAACUAGGCCACAAGCUAGACUUGCAUUUCAAGUAUUAAAGUUGCUUUAUAAGCUAUCAAGAAUCACAGGAUAAUGAGUCACAUAAUGAGUGAUCUGGGGAGAGUAGAGUUGGUUACUUAGUGAUCCAAUCAGAACAAAUUUAAGAACAGAUUUUGGUGUGACUGAUGUUUACUUCCACUGAUUUACAACAAAUUCAGUUGGACUUUAAUAAUAAUUGAACUUUGUGUUUAGUCAUUUAAAAUGUUUUAAAUAGUCAAAACACGAAAUGGCAACACCACAGAAUAAAGGUUCUCUGGGCCUAUUCCAACCAUUUAAAAUUACCUUAAGUAUGUAUACGUGAAAGCAACCACUAUGAGAACUCCAUUGUAUUAGUGGUUUUUCACUUACUGUGUAUUACCCUUUGUAGCAACUGUUUAAAUAAAUUGAUUUUUUUAAACCUAUGGUGUCCUCCUAAAUAAAUACCUUUUUUGCAGACUUCAGUAUUGCAGGUAGCAAAAACCACUGCCUGAUGUUAAAUCUGUGUUCACAGAUAAUAAUCCCUUAUUAAAUGCUAAGGGAAGUAUUAAGGUUAGAAUUAACAUAAUUAGUCUUACUUCAUAUCCUUAAAGUAAGAUCCAAUUCCUCAUUCAUUUGAGGGCUCAUUAUAUGCCUGGCACUGACCUGUUGUAAUUUCAUGGUCUAGAAUUAAUAUUAUUUUUAAACUACCUAUAUGAGAGUGUAUACAGUGCUACAGGAAUACAGAGGAAGAAGUAAUUAAAUCUUCCCAAAGGUCAGAGCAAUCUGAAGUAGGCCAUGCUAGCAUUAGGCUGAGAAGUAAAAUGAGCUGAUUUUACCACACUGAUGUGUUCUGCUACUUACAGGAAGAGGAAACCAGAAGGCAGGUUUUAUUUAUCCAAUAUUCCCUAAUACUCGAAUUUGUUGAACUUAGGACAAAGGAAAUUUUUGUUUUGUGCUCAGUUUGAUUGGUUGAUUGACAAGGUAGAAAAAGCAUGGAUCCCUGAUUGUGGUUGCGGAAGAAACUGAACCAUUCCUGUGUCUCCGAUGAACGUCUCCGGGCUUCAUUAGUUAAGAUUCAUCCUUAGGAUUCUGCAAGUCCCUUACAGUUCUAAAUUUCCCUUCUAACUUGUGAAAUGAUAAGUAGUGUCUAAGGCAGCUUUUUGUUGCUUAUUUUGUUGCCACAUGGAGAUGAAGGCCAAAGAACUAGCUGGGGCUAAGAUGAAAUAACGUGUCAAGUACUAUGCAGGUAUAGGGAAUGAAAAGAAGAAGGAGACGUGGACCUCAAGCGUUUAUGGCCUCAUUGACAUAAAAGCAUUAAGACUGUGAAGCAGAACUGGUUUAAAGCACAGAAAAUGACCUGGUUAGUUUUAACCGAUAAAGUCAAAAUUGUAGGGACUGUGUACUGAGACUUGGAAACAUGGGAUGUUUUCCAGGGGGACAGAUUUGGGGCAGGACAUUCUAUACAUUGGGAACAGUAUGAGCGAAUGCAGGGAAAGUAUCCACACCAUGCCUAGCACACAAAUGUGAGGCAUUCGAUCGUUCGUUGACUGAAGCAUGGAACUGCAUGGGGCAUUCAGGCAGAGGCAAGUGGUUCAGAGGCUAGAGGGGAGCGAGGCUGGUGAGGAGAGGUUGUUGGAAAAGGAGAGCAAUGAUCAGGUGGUACAAGUUUUGUACAGACCAAGGAGUUUGGACUUUUUGAACGGCAGUGGAGGUUUGCGUUCAGCAAGAUAACUCCCAAAAGUACAGAGGAAGGAUGUGGCAUGGGACAAGACAGGACAAGGGGCUCUCUUAGGAGACUAGUUAUGGUCCUUAAUCUCUCAAGUCUGGGCCUAUAAUUGUGAGGGUGGGAGCAAGCAUGUCAAGGAAGUGUCAGCAGACUAGCCAGAUCCUUCUAUUUGACUCAUGAGUAACUGUUGGUAGGGUGUCAGGGAGGAGUUAUGCAUCCCUUCCUGCCAAAAAAUUAGUUCCAGAAAUAUAACUUCAUGUGGUGACUGUACGUAUAUUUGAUAUUCCAGAUCUUUGUUCUGUUAGUUCUGUGCCUUCGCAAGGACAAGCAAAGAAGUACAGAUUUGUUGUCUACAUUUUAUUUUCAGAAUAGAGGUAUAUUUCUUAUUUUUCCAUUUCUAUUUCCUACUAUUACUGUCAAAUAUAAAAAGAAAUGUUUUCCAGUGAUAUCACCGUUAGAUCAAUGGCAAAGUCUUGUGGUAGAUGAGAAGCAGAUAAAUGAUGAUUGCCAAUAUUGUGUUUUAUAUGAUCUGUUUAGAGAAUUUUAUCUAACCUAGAUCGGUCAGCUUAACUAGUUUUAUUUUUCGUAUAUAUGUAUAUGAAAUAAAAUCAGUUUUGU